UUUUUUCUUCCAAUCCAGAAGAGAAUUCCCCUUUCCAGUUUCGACGAUCAAAACCCUCUCUCUCUCUCUCUCUCUCUCUGAAAACAAAAAUGUCUGGAUAUCCCUAUAACAACCCACCACAAGGCUACGGUUACGGCGGCCCCCCGCCGUCCCAGCAACCCUACUCCUCCGCCCCAUACGGCGCCCCACAACCACCCCCACCCACCCAAAACCCCUACGCACCCCCACCGUCAUCCACCCCCUACGCCGCCCCAUCCGCCCCCUACGCCCCCUCAGGACCCAAGCCCCCAAAGGACAAGCCCUACGGCGGCUCCCCCGCCGCAGGGUACCCUGCGCAGGCGCAGCCGUCCUACGGGAGCAGCAGCCCCUUCGCCUCGCUGGUGCCGUCAGCGUUCCCCCCCGGCACGGACCCGAGCAUCAUGGCGUGCUUCCAGAUUGCGGACCGGGACGGGAGCGGAUUGAUCGACGACAAGGAGUUGCAGGGGGCCUUGUCGUCUUAUAACCAGAGUUUUAGCCUCAGGACUGUUCAUCUCCUCAUGUAUCUUUUUACCAACUCCAAUAGCAGAAAAAUUGGGCCAAAGGAAUUCACUGCUUUGUAUUACAGUCUUCAGAACUGGAGGUCAAUCUUUGAGAGAUUCGAUAGGGACCGCAGUGGCAGAAUUGAUACUGGAGAAUUGCGGGAGGCGCUGUUGAGCCUAGGAUUUGGGGUGUCACCGGUGGUUCUGGAAUUGCUGGUCUCUAAGUUUGAUAAAACGGGUGGACAGAACAGGGCCAUCGAGUACGACAACUUCAUCGAGUGUUGCCUCACUGUCAAGGGAUUAACGGAGAAAUUUAAGGAGAAGGACGCAAUGUAUUCAGGAUCAGCGACUUUCACAUACGAGUCUUUCAUGCUUACUGUGUUGCCUUUCCUCAUCGCGUAGGAUGUGAAAAAUUCGAAGAAUGCUAUGACCUGUCAAGGACUGCUGGUUUGGGGUUUGAUCAAUGUAAUGCAUUAUAAUGUAUGUCGUUUAACUUUGAGCACUGGCAAUAAUUUGUGGGGUUAGCUUUGUACACUACUAUGCCAACCCUUCCCCAAACCCCGUGAUAGCUGUAUGGCUCGUGAACUGGGUUUGCCUUUUUUUUUAGCUUGUUUACUAGGUAUGUUAACUGGUGUUUGUUUCCCAAUUCGCCUCUUGUUUGCUUUCUAAGGCUUCAUUUUUUGCCAUUUUGUACCGUAACACUUUUAUUUUUAAGCAGGAAGUCGUAUUAGUGUAGCGUUAAUUUCUGUA